GCUUCUGACUUGCUUCUUACUUCCAUCUAACCUUGUUAUUUGGAAUAUAAUCUCUUCCUGUUCAACCGUGUUUUGAUUUGGGGACUUGUCGAGUGAAUCGGUGUCCGAGAAUACUAAGCAAUAGAAAUAGCUGGGUCAUAACCGUGAGAAGAAAGAGAUUAUAACAGUGGCGACGGGGAAAAACUAAAGAAAAAUGGCGAUUUCUUUAGAACAGUUGCGGUUAAUAUUACAGCACCAGCAGAAGUUGUUAGCCUUGCAACAACAACUAUUGAGCACACUUUUCACUCGACCAGAAAAUAAGAAAUCUGUUUAUGAUGCAGUAACAGACAUUGCAGAAGCACAUCUAGUGGAGGGUUCAAAUCCCUUUAUACCUGAAUCAGAACGUAAUAUUUGUAACGUGUCCGGCUCACAGCAAGAAAAUACUGUGCUGAAUGCUCAUAAAGUUGUGGCAAUACGAAAUGAUCAAGAGCCAGACCCUGUAGAUGAAGCCCGGAGUCCAUAAUUGAAUGAAACACUACUGGUUCUGUCUAGCUCUGAAAAUAAACUUCAGCUAGAACAAAAUUAUGGUCCACGUGAUAUUAGCCGAAAAAGCUAUGGGGACUCGUAUUCAGAAAAUAACUGCAGUGACACGAUGAACCCAAAUAUACUGAAUGUUACUCAAAAUCAUUGUGAGACAGAAAUUUAUACCGAAUCAGCUUAUCCGAUUUCUAAUGACAAUGUAUCAGAUAUGGGUUCUCAGAAUAAUGCAUGUAAUUUUGAUGAAAUUUCUUAUAGAAAUGAGGAAGAUAUGUCAGCCGAGUCCAAAUCUCUUUCUUUAGUAGCUGCCUUUCAAACAAACUAUGACAAUCAGAGAAAGUAUGUUACCAUCCAGAUAAACGGCAUAUCAGCUCGUCUUCAAAUUGACACGGCAUCAGAUAUCACGUUAGUGUCUAGAGAAACGUAUAACUUGCUGGGUAAACCGCCAAUGAAGCCAUCUAAGAAAACGGCUAAAAUCGCAUCAGGUGGUGUGCUAAAACUGGUUGGUGAAUUACAGUGUGAAUUUUCCUUCAAUGGAACUGACUGUACAGGAAUAUGUUACCUAACAGAACGGCCGAACCUUGAUCUUCUUGGUCUAGAUAUGCUAGACAAACUUGGAAUAAUGGAUAUACCAAUUAACAGUGUCUGUAACGUAUCGUGUUCAUCAUUGGACACCCCAUUACUUCCAAAGAAGACAGGUGAACGGUUACUAGAAAAACUGAAAAGAAAGUUUGCCUCUGUUUUUCAGAAUAGCCUUGGCCACUGUACCAAGAUGAAAGCGCACUUACCAAUGAAACCAGAUGCCAUACCUAUUUUUCGCCCGAGACGUCCUGUACCAUAUGCUGCUCUUGAGCUAGUCGACCAGGAACUUAAUCGCUUGCAGCAGGCUGGUGUAAUCCGACCAGUUAACUACUCUGCAUGGGCCGCACCGAUUGUAGUGAUUAAGAAGGCCGAUGGGACUAUACGCAUAUGUGCCGAUUUCUCGACCGGUUUAAAUGCUGCAUUAGAUGUAUAUCAAUAUCCCUUACCAGUUCCGGAAGACCUGUUUGCCAAGCUUAAUGGUGGGACAUGUUUCGCGAAAAUAGACUUCUCCGAUGCUUAUCUCCAAGUGGAAGUAGAUGAAGAUAGUAGAGAGCUUCUGACCAUUAACACUCAUCGAGGGUUAUUACAAUACACCCGUCUACCAUUUGGCAUCAAGACCGCACCCGCCAUCUUUCAGCAAAUAAUGGAUACGAUGCUAACAGGUAUACCUGGUACAGCAGCUUAUCUAGAUGAUAUCAUAGUUAUGGGUUCAACUGACAGUGAACUUUCUGAUCGACUACACCAAGUCCUUAACCGAGUGUUGGAGUAUGGCUUCCAACUACGUGAGGAAAAAUGUAUCUUCUUCAUGCAUUCGAUCAAAUACCUUGGUUUUAUCUUAGAUAAGAACGGUCGCCGACCAGACCCUGCCGACAUCGAAGCCAUUCAGAAGAUGCCUGCACCAACUGAUGUUUCUUCAUUAAGAUCCUUCUUGGGGUUAAUCAGUCAUUACAGCACAUUCUUGCCUGAAAUGCACCGAGUGAGAGGUCCCCUAAAUGAAUUACUAUCGAAAGAUAAACCUUGGCAAUGGUCAGCAGAAUGUCAAGCAUCUUUUGACAGAGUCAAAUCAAUGCUCAGCUCAAAGAUUCUUUUGACGCACUUCGAUCCCAGCUUGGAAAUUGUUGUUGCAUCUGAUGCCUCUAGUCAUGGAGUUGGAGCAGUGAUAUCUCACGUGUUUCCGGAUAAAUCAGAAAAGACAAUUGCCCAUGCUGCUAGAUCACUUACUCCAGCCGAGCGAAACUACAGCCAAAUUGAAAAGGAAGCUCUUGCAAUCAUUUUCGCAGUCAAAAGAUUUCAUAAAAUGCUCUAUGGUCGUACAUUUACUCUACUGACAGAUCACAAACCUUUGAUUGCAAUCUUUAGGUCUAAGAAAGGAAUCCCUGUCUAUACGGCUAAUAGACUACAGUGCUGGGCAACAAUGCUCCUGAGUUAUGAUUUUAAUAUCAAGUAUCAGUCGACAAAUACUAUCGGUCAAGCUGACGCUCUCUCCCGAUUACUUGGAGUUCAACAUCCUGGACCAGAGGAUAUAAUCAUUGUCUCCACAGCAGUAGACCCAGAAAUACGAAGUAUAGUGGCAGAUGCCAUUCGAAACACUCCAGUGUCGUCAGAUGAAGUCAGGGAAGAAACGCUUCGAGACCCAACACUACAAGAAGUUAGAAAGUUCCACCUAGAAGGGUGGCCCUCGAAAAUCUAUUCCACAGAGCUUCAACAGUUUUACCAGCGAAGACUCUCUCUUCCAAUCAUCGAUGACUGUCUGCUGUUUGCCGAACGUGUCAUAAUUCCCAAGAAGCUACAACCAGCAGUGCUUGAACAGUUGCAUGCAGGACAUCCUGGAAUAAAUAGCAUGAAAGCACUAACACGAAGUUAUGUAUACUGGCCGCAUUUAGACACCCAACUGGAGCAGCUAUCCCGUUCGUGUACCAAAUGUGCAUUAGCAUCAAAAGCACCGCGAAAAGCAGAGCUGCAAUCAUGGCCAAUACCACAGUCACCGUGGCAGCGUAUACAUUUGGACUUUGCUGGUCCACUUCAUGGACAAACUUACCUUUUGGUGGUUGAUGCACAUAGCAAGUGGCCUGAAAUUUUUCUCAUGGAACACCCGACUGCAAGCUGCACAGUCAGUAAACUACGUCAACUAUUCAGUCGUUUUGGAAUCCCGGAAUUGAUAGUUAGUGACAACGGAACACAGUUUACGUCCGAAAUCUUAUCACAAUUUUGUCGGCAGAACGGAAUCCAGCACCUCCGAACACCUCCAUUCCAUCCCCAAUCAAAUGGCCAAGUGGAACGCUUUGUGAGUACAUUUAAAAAUGCUCUAAAAAAAUCCAAAGGGGAAGGGACCACUGAAGAUAUCUUAGAGAGGUUCCUGUUUAUUUAUCGCUCUACACCGAACCCUCAGACAAUUAACGGGGUCUCUCCAGCAGAAGCUCUACUUGGCAGAAAGAUACGAACAUAUUUCGAUGUCAUCCGUCCUACGCCAGUUAUUGAACCCCAACGAAACCUAUCGAUGGAGAAUCAGUUUUACCGACAUCAUGGGGCACAAAGACGAUUGUUCACGAUGGGACAAAAAGUGCUUGCUAUGGACUAUCGUGGGAAACAUCCUACAUGGACAGCUGGUCGGAUCUUGAAAAAGAAGGGGAGUGUGGUUUACGAGGUGUCAGUUGGCUCGGAAGUUUGGGUACGCCAUGCUAACCAAUUGAAAGCAACUUCAAUAGCCAGCAACAAGAUUCAAUAUCAAUUACCUCUUGAUGUUCUGCUGGACACCUUUGAAAUCAAAACGCCGGGAAUAGACACAUCAGUUUCUGUGCAAGAAAAGAGUGAUACUUCUUUAUUGCCUAGACGAUGGACUAAUCGAAAGCACAGGCCAGUCACUCGGUUGCAGUUGGACCCUAGCACCAGAUCCUACGAAUCUGCUCAGAGGGGAGGUGUUAGCGGGACAUAGACUAGAUUAAAGCAUGCUCAAUGCAUGAUUGCUUUGGUGCACGCUGAUUGGCUAAUUCUUAUCCAAUCAGCACUAGUCGAUAGUUGGAGAAUACUCUGGAAUCUUCUUAUGUAAAAACUAUAAAUAUACUGACGUUUUUCCCUAUUGUGCUUCUGACUUGCUUCUUACUUCCAUCUAACCUUGUUAUUUGGAAUAUAAUCUCUUCCUGUUC